AUGGAAUUAAAAUCAACAACAUACAAAGAUGUUGCAUAAAGAUUAAUUUAGGAUUUAGGUCAGGAUGGCUAAUUGUUAGAUUUAGAUAAUGCAUAAAUUUUAAUAGAGUUAGUGCCUAAGGAUGAGUAGAAUAUAAAAAGAAGAGUUUAUGAUGCAUUAAAUGUUAUGAUAGCUUCCAAAGUUUUAAAAAAAGAAGGGAAAAAAGUGAUUUCAGAUAGAUAAAGGAAAACGAAAGCAAGAAUAAAUGAGACUGAUUAUUAAAAUGAAGAAUUAGUAACUAAUUGA